AACGCGCAGACAGAACAGCGCGCUGCUGAGAGACCAGCGGAGGAGGAGGAGGAUGGGAGCGACUUCUUCUCCCAUUUAUAUCCAUAUCCUACAGUAGACCCACACAUCACACCCUCUGGUUCUUGUGCUUUAUUUAUUUUUUUCUUCAUCAAGAUGUCCGCUUCAGCGAUAUUCAUCCUGGACCUGAAGGGAAAGGUUUUGAUAUGCCGUAACUACAUGGGCAACAUGGACAUGAAUGAAAUCGACCACUUCAUGCCCAUGCUGAUGAAGAGGGAGGAGGAUGCUGAAAUGACACCACUGGUCAGCCAUGGCUCAUCCCAUUUCCUCUGGAUCAAACACAGCAACCUUUACUUGGUGGCAAUGACAAAGAAGAAUGCCAACGCUGCUCUUGUGUACUCCUUUCUGUAUAGAAUAGUUCAGGUAUUUAAGGAGUAUUUUAAGGAACUGGAGGAGGAAAGCAUUCGUGACAACUUUGUGACAGUUUAUGAACUAAUGGAUGAAGUGAUGGACUUUGGAUUUCCCCAGACAACUGAGAGCAAGAUCCUUCAAGAAUACAUCACCCAGCAGGGGCAUAAGCUGGAGGUAGGGGCACCUCGGCCACCUGCCACCGUCACCAACGCUGUUUCCUGGCGGUCAGAGGGCAUCAAGUACAGGAAGAAUGAAGUUUUUAUGGAUGUUAUAGAAUCCGUAAAUCUCCUGGUGAAUGCCAACGGCAGUGUCCUGCGCAGUGAAAUAGUGGGCAGCAUAAAGCUCAAAGUCGUCCUAUCAGGAAUGCCAGAACUCAGACUGGGCCUCAAUGACAAAGUGUUGUUUGAGCUCACCGGCAGAGAGAAGAGCAAGACGGUGGAGUUGGAAGACGUAAAGUUUCAUCAGUGCGUCCGUCUGUCGCGCUUCGAGAAUGACCGUACCAUUUCUUUCAUUCCCCCUGAUGGCGAGAGCGAGCUCAUGUCGUACCGCCUCAAUACAACAAUGAAGCCUCUUAUAUGGAUCGAGAGCGUUAUUGAAAAGUUUUCUCACAGCCGUGUGGAGAUCAAAGUAAAGGCUCGUAGUCAGUUUAAGAGCCGCUCCUCUGCCAACAAUGUGUCCAUUAUGGUGCCGGUGCCCAGUGAUGCUGACUCACCCAAGUUCAAGACCAGCACUGGCAGUGCCAAGUGGGUGCCUGAGAAGAGUGCUGUGCAGUGGAACAUCAGGACUUUCCCUGGUGGGAAAGAGUACGUGAUGCGGGCACACUUUGGGCUGCCAAGUGUAGAGGCCGAUGAGUUGGAAGCAAAGAGACCGAUCACUGUCGAUUUUGAGAUCCCUUAUUUCACCGUCUCUGGGAUUCAGGUGCGCUACCUAAAGAUCAUAGAGAAGAGUGGUUACCAGGCUUUGCCAUGGGUGCGCUACAUCACACAAAGUGGAGAUUACCAGCUCCGGACGAACUAAAGGGCACAGCAGCUGCUGCUAGACGAAUAUGUAGUUUCUCCUUCUGCCUGUCUCCAUCUUGUCUGUCUCCAUUUCUCCAGUUUGGAGUCAGCAGAUGACAGCUGAGGGCAAGAACAGGAGGACGUCUGAACAUUUUCUCCACUGUAAAUGGAAACUAGAAGUCAGGUCAUCUGCAACUCAAAGAUGGAAGAAGUGUUGUUUCACCUUUGACCUAGAAUUCAUCUACUGGUUGUUCAAGACUUUACUGAAACAUUUUCAUCACAAUAAUAAUAAAUUGUAAAGUCAGACUUUUGCUCCCAGUGCCCUACAUUUAAGUUUAAUUCAUUUCAUAAAUAUUUCACAAAUUAACAGGAUUUUUAACGUCCCAUUCCGCUAACUUGAUUAAGGGCAUAGCUUCAGUAAAAAUAUAAAAGAGCUUUAAGUGUUGCACAAGAUAUCAUCUUUAUUAUAUAAUCAAACUGCAAUGUGAUUUAUUUUCUCUUGUUUGUAGCAUGUAAUUUACGUGAUUACAUGGUGCAAGAGUAGCUCAGUUCUAAGACACGUUUUUAUUUCCAAACGGGACACGAAUAAUGAAGAUUGGUGAUGUGAUAAAAUUGGAAACAAUCUUAUUCUUAGUCUUAAUUCUUUAGUGGAGAAAAUAAUGUGUUCUUUUAUGUAGGAUCAUAAACACAGCUUUAAAUUGGUUGACUUACACUGCCAUGACCCUCAUCUCCCUUUAUAUUUGUCAUUAACACUUGUAUCACCAUAAAACUUUGCUCUGAUACAAUUUUAUCUUGUAUAUAUGUAUUCUACCUGAACCGCAAUACAAGUUUAGGUCCCUGGAAAUGACUGCCAUCACAAAAGGCACUGUGAACAUAAUCCUCUGUGCAAUGAACCCAACACCAGCCACCAGUUCAAUGAUUAAUAAGGCACAAUAUUGUCAGAGGCAUUGACUGUAAGAUAAAACCGAAGACUUACUGGGGUUGUAACUGUGUCCCUGUUGUUUAAAUCAGCUUUACGGCUUUGGGACUCUCCAGGAAGAAGCAUAGGGGGAAAAAAUUCUUAAUGUUAUAUCUUGUUUAUACUGCAAGUUUCAGUCCACUUUGGAUUCAAGAAUCAAAGAACAAAUAGGAUUAAUGAAGUUUUAACAGUGUCACAGCAGAGAUAUAAAAAACAACAACUUUUCUUUGCAAAGUUUUGAUUUUAUAAAUUGUCAUUUUUUGAGAUCAUUCUAUCAACUCAUGACUCGCCGUGUUAUUUUGAAUCACAUUAUAUCAGAUGAAUUGUUCAAAAUAGUAGUUUUUAGGAUGUGUUUUAUAAAGGCCUGUAUUAGUCAUCUGCACAAAAAUAGGUGGGGAUUUUUUGCUAUUGUGUCAAAUUUAUUUAUCGACUGCUUGUCCAUAGGAAACAAAGGGAUAUAUUUGAAAUAAACAUUUUUUGUAACCUGU